AGCCCUUGGGAUCUUUUUAUAUCCCUUCUCGGGGAUAGUCUAAGGGUUAGAUUUCCCCCCCCCUCCCCUCCCAUCCUCCCGGAAAUAAAUAAAUAAAUGAACAAAAUCGGUUCCGUUUGGGGGGAGGGGGAAGCCAUAAAUUUAUUUAUUGUUCUUUUUUGUGUGACAAGACUAACCUAUUUCUUAAGAAGCACAGAAAAACGAAGAGCAAAUCCUGAGAAGUAAAAAACUUAAAAAGGUGUUUACCUUGUCAUCAGCAUGCACGCUAAUUAUCUUGGGCAAGAUGCGGGGAUCUAUUGUCUUGUUGCUUUAGAGCCUACGCCCCGCCUCUGGUGGCAGCCUAAAACCUGGCGUCUGGCUAAAACAAACGAAAGGCAGCGCUGAGCCUCCACUCCAUCCAAUUAAGGCGGACUUGGUCCACUCGGUUACGUGUUCAUCCAACAAGAUCGGCGUGGAAGCAACCCAGCAGAAUAUUUGGCAAAAAAAAAAAGCAAAAGAAAAGGAGAGAGAGUGAGAGUGAGUGAGAGAGUUUUGCCUCCCCUUUCCCUUCUUUUCCCCUCCUCUCCCCCCAGCCGCCGAAUCAUGUCGAUGAGCCCAAAGCAUACGACUCCUUUCUCAGUGUCUGACAUCUUGAGCCCCUUGGAGGAAAGCUACAAGAAAGUGGCCAUGGAGGGGAGUAACUUGGGGGCUCCUCUGGCAGCGUACAGGCAAUCCCAGGUGGCACAGCCGGCCAUGCAGCAGCACCCCAUGGGCCAUAACGGGACGGUCACCGCCGCGUACCACAUGGCAGCCGCCGGGGUCCCCCAGCUGUCCCACACCGCCAUGGGCGGCUAUUGCAAUGGCAACAUGGGCGACCUCCCGCCCUACCAGGACACCAUGAGGAACAGCGCUUCCGCCACUGGAUGGUACGGAGCCAACCCGGAUCCCCGCUUCUCUACAAUCUCCCGCUUCAUGGGCCCUUCGUCUGGCAUGAACAUGGGCGGCAUGGGGGGCCUGGGCUCGCUGAGCGACGUGAGCAAGAGCAUGGCUCCGCUGCAGAGCGCACCUCGGCGGAAACGCCGCGUCCUCUUCUCGCAGGCCCAGGUGUACGAACUGGAGAGGCGCUUCAAGCAGCAGAAGUAUCUGUCGGCGCCGGAGCGGGAGCACCUGGCCAGCAUGAUCCACCUGACGCCCACCCAGGUCAAGAUCUGGUUCCAGAACCACCGCUACAAGAUGAAGCGCCAGGCCAAGGACAAGGCGGCCCAGCAGCAGAUGCAGCAGCAGGAGGGCGCCUCUUGCCAGCAGCAGCAGCAGUCACCCCGCCGCGUGGCCGUCCCGGUCCUGGUCAAAGACGGCAAGCCGUGCCAAGCGGGCUCCAACGCGCCCUCCACUGCGCUGCAGGGCCACCACCAGCAACAACAGGCGGCGGCCACCGCCAUCACCGUGGCCUCCAACGGGACCAGCCUGGGACAACAUCCGAGCCACCAGGCCAGCAGUGCCGGGCAAUCGCCAGACCUGGGCCAGCACGCGGGCAGCAGCCCCUCCGCCCUGCAGAGCCAGGUGUCCGCCUUGUCGCACCUGAACUCCUCCACCUCGGACUACGGGACGGCCAUGUCCUGCUCCACCUUGCUUUAUGGCAGGACCUGGUGAAAAGGACCGGCCGGCCCCGUCUUCGGCCGGCGCCCGCUUCCCCUUCCUCCCCGGACGAGCAGACCUGCCCCCCCCCGGCCUCCCUCAAGACCCUCCCUUGACUUUUUCCUUGUUUGUUUGUCUGUUUGUUUGUUUCGGAGAGGAGAGGAGAGGACGGGGGCGUUGGCUUUGGUCUCAGGCGGAGAGAGAAAAAAAAAAGACUCUGCUCUGGCAAUGGCUGCCGACGAAGGUCGUCCGGAGAAGGUGAGGGCAUUGGAAGCCAUUGGUGACCGUGGGCCUUCUCGGCUGACGUGGAAGCUCCACUGGACCCUUGUAUGUACAUAUACAAACGUUGGGGGUGA